UUCUUUUUUAUUUUUUUUGGUUUUCUACCACAACACACUCACACAAUACUGAAAAAUUCCUAUAGAUUCAAAUUUAAAUACAGCAUAUUAAGAGACAUAUGGUUUACACCUGAGCUAAGACCUCUGGCAUUUUUUUUUUUCACAAAAUGAGGAUAUUACAAACAACAAGUUUGGACUUAUUUUUAUGUCCAGAGUGGUUAUUCAGUUUUGGGCCUUUCUCCUUACAAUAAUUUUCCCAUGAUCCAAUAUAUAUGGCCCAAAUACAUAUAUUUCACUUAAGUUAAAAAAGAAAAAGAAAAGAAGAAGCAAAUAUAGGGUUUGGAUGUUGAAAUUGUUCAUCUCAAAAUCCGUAAUUCCUAAUUGAUAAUUGCAAAUCCCUAACCCCUAAUUCAAUCAUGGAUUCUCUGUUAGCGAGCUACGCUUCUUCAGACGAAGAAGAAGAUGAGCAACAACAGCAGAAACUAACCGCAGCUGUUCCCUCCAAAACGACGUCGUCUUCCAGCAGCGCUGUCUCCUCUCUUUUCUCUUCUCUUCCUCAACCCAAAUCUUCUUCUUCUUCGCUGUUUCAAUCUCUUCCUCAGCCGAAUCAACAUUCAGUUACCGCAAUCCAUGACAACGACGACACGUCUGCACCCUCUUCCUCCAAAUUCACCGGAAGCUCUUCCCUUUUCACUUCUCUCCCCAAACCUAAAUCCCAAAUCCAACCACCACAACCACAACCCAAAAAGGUGGUUCAAUUCAGGCCUCCAACUAUCCCCAUCUCUAGAUCUUCCGCACCCGACGAUGACGAUGAUGAAGACGAAGAAGAAGAACGAAACCGAAGAAGGAGAAUGGCGUCUUCAAUUCAAGCUCCAUCGGUGAAGUCAUUCUUAUCCAGCAUUCCGGCGCCCCGCAACUCCGCCACCCUAGGCGUCCAAGCCAGUUCUGGUUCCGGCCGUAGAUCCAUCAUUGAGACGGAGGCGCCAGCAUCUGAACCGGAACCGGAGCCAGAACCAGCUCUGCCUUCAAGUUCUGGUGUUUCGGAUGGCGGUGUUGUUGUUGAUCAAAAUUCAGCUGGUUAUGUGAAUUAUGAGAGUUACAGCGGUUAUCAAUAUGGGAGUGACCAGAAUGCAGGGUCAGGUUAUUACGUGGAUGGUGGUACUAGUUACGGCGGUUAUGGUGCUGGCUAUGAUCAAAGUUCGGGUUUUCAGCCAGAGGAUGGGGUUCCUGGAACUGCUGGUUAUGGAAAUGGUGAUGGUGCCUAUGCAAAUUAUGGUGCAUAUGCUGAUUAUGGAAAUAAUUGGAGUGAUGGGUCGUCAGCUUCAGUGACCGCAGAGCCGCUGGCAUCUGGGCCUGCGGAGAGUGCGGCGAUAUUUCCGAAGAAGAGAGGAAGGAAUGAGAUUCCCUCGGAAAUCAUAGAGGUGAAGCAGGAUGAGUUGAUCAAGAACCGGCCAAGAGAGGAUCAGGUCAAGCUCACUGGGAUAGCUUUUGGACCCUCUUAUCAGCCUGUAUCAACGAAAGGGAAGCCGUCAAAGCUGCAUAAGAGGAAGCAUCAAAUUGGUUCCUUGUAUUUUGAUAUGAAACAAAAUGAAAUGAAGCUCGCAGAGCGGCGCGCAAAGGGUAUGCUUACCAAAGCUGAAACACAAGCAAAAUAUGGAUGGUGAUAUGAGGGAGGAUUUUCUUGCAAUUUCUUGAACUUCCGUUGAAACAUGGAUUACAAAAGGGAAGUUCCCAUGUAUGACUGCGGCCCUUGUAUUUCACUGUUCUUCCAAGAGAUUUGUAUGUUUGCUGUGUUCUCUUUGCAAAUUUAAAGCGAUGAUAUGUGUAUGCGCUGGAAUAUGCAAUUUGCUGUAUUUUGAGAUUGAUCGCAUUCCUCUUUCUUCUUUAUCUAGCCUGAGAUCAAAUGGAAGCUUGUGUGAAUUCUCUUCUACAUGAGUAGUGGCUUCUGGGUCGAAUCCAAAAGUUUGUCCAUGGAUUUUUGACGAAGCGAAGGUGGUUGUGGGAACACAGCAAAUUAAGGUUUAAGCUUAGAAGUCAUUAAGUGAUUUAGCUUGUCAUGUGUGUUUUUCUCCUAGUUCUACACUAACAGUGUACUCAAGUAGACUCCAACUUUCAUUUCAAUGUAAAGCAUGAAUUCUAAAAUAUCAGAAUGAAUGGCAUAAAAAGGACAACUGUAUUGUUUAAC